AGAAAGGUGCGACGCAUCCGAUCGGAUCGCGAAGGAUUCGAAAAUGGGCAUCCAGUUGGCGAUGUGGGAUUACAAAACGAUGGACAGAGACUUGGAAUCGCUGGUUCGCUCAUUCCUCUAGAAUCCUGCAACCUAUACAGCAAUGUUUUAUUACACACAUCUACACCUAGGUAUAACCGCGCAGUGGUCGUCCAAGCGUUGAGGUCAACCGCUCCGGGACGUGUCCGUGGUAUUUACUUGACAGUCGUUGUCGAGCGUCGAUAGUGAAAUGUGCCCCUGGUAACGCCCUCCGCGAACCGCGUUGAGAGAAGACGUCCGGCUCCGCAGGUUUAUUCGCCAAGACGAUCUUCCAGCUGUAGAGUUUGAGACAGUGCGGACGGAACGGAGAGCGUGGUCGGUCCCGGGAUAUUCCUUGUUUUUUUCCCCACAAGUCGCAGUAAUCGAUCAAAAAACAAAUAUGUUCAACCUAUUAUUUCACACGGUGUUUAUUUUUUUACUCGUCGUUUGGAAAUCUGAUGGACAACUUCUCCUAAUUUACCCAACAGAAGAGACGUGCAUUACGACAUCGAGGACCCAGGGUAGCUGCAUCGUGUUAAACGAAUGCAACGCCCUUUUGAAUCUCUUAAAGGGACCCAGGCCUCUGCCACCCUCGAUCCUGGACACCCUCAAGAGGUCGCAUUGCGGAUUCGACGGUAGCACACCCAAAGUAUGCUGUCCUCAGGUCCAGCAGGUACCCCCAACACCUCCGACGCAGUACACGGACGAUCCGACCAACGUCCAACCACCCCCUGACGUUACCAAUCACCCUAACCUGCGGCUUCUGGAUCACGAUAAGUGCGGCCCGAUAACGGAGUCCAAGAUUUUCGGCGGUAACAAGACCGCUGUACUCGAGUUCCCUUGGAUGGCUCUAGUGGCGUACAACAUCGCCGGGAAACGGGCCCCCGAGUUUAGGUGCGGCGGUUCGCUGAUAUCGAAGCGUUACGUCCUGACCGCGGCCCACUGCGUCACUGGAUUGGCCUCGGGGUUGAAACUGUCGGGAGUGAGGGUAGGAGAACACGACCUCAGCACAGAGAGGGACUGCGAUAGGGAGAAGGGUGUCGAGACCAACUGCGCCGAGAGGUACCAGGACUUUUUAAUCGAACGAUUCCACGCUCACGAGGGAUACCGGCGAGAUAAAUUGCAAAACGAUAUAGCUCUCAUAAGACUGAACGGGGACGCGGACUUCCGACCCCCCAGCGUACGCCCCAUUUGUCUGCCGAUCGGAUCCGCGUCGACGCUACAUUACAAAAAGGUGACAGUAACCGGAUGGGGUACCACGGAGACGGGAUACAGAAGCAACGAUUUGCUCAAGGUGAAACUACCAAUUGUACCGAACGAGCAAUGUGCCCAGAUCUACAAAGAGCAAAAGGUCGAUAUUUGGUACAAACAGCUUUGUGCGGGUGGCUCCAAUCGCAUGGAUUCCUGCUCCGGCGACAGCGGAGGGCCUCUACAAGCCCCUGCUAUUUACACAAAUGGUCAACCCAAGUAUAUUCAGUAUGGGGUGGUCAGUUUCGGACCUCGCAAUUGUGGAAUUGAAGGAUUUCCUGGAGUCUACUCGAGUGUCGUUUACUACAUGAAAUGGAUCCUGGACACGAUGACCGUUUAAGACUCCAUUUAUUUUUAAUUCACAUUUUAUUUUUUAUUUUCCCACGUACCCUUUACGUAAAUAUAUUAUGUAUGGAGUGAUCAUAGAGUUACGUUAGGAAAUAACCGAAUGUUGAUCCGGUACAGGGCAUGAUUUAUAGUGUGUUAUUUACACUGAUAUACACAAUGAAUUUAUACAUAUCAGUAGUUAUUUAUUGACGGUAAAACGAAUGAUAAAAUCGUUUCAUCUGUUUUAUAUUUCCGCUUAUACGCAUACAUCGAAAUCGACGAUAUCGCAGUCGCGUUUGCUGCGCAAAAAAAAUAUGGUCUGAAGAUAAAUUUCAUUGCACUAUU